CAAGAUGGCUUCCAGGUUUGGCCAGAGGCGAGUUGGAGGACAUUUGGAGUACUCUGACUCGUGUCUGCUGAAGGAGCCCAGCCCUCUGACUGAGCUCUCUCACAGCACCUCCUGGUGGCCUGACAGGGAGGAGCACAGAGAACAAGGAGACUCCCUCAGGGAGCAACUUAAAGAGAUGGAUGAGCAUGUGGCCAGGCUGCAGGACAUGCUGAGAUGUGAACGGGCCAAAUGUACUCGCCUACAGCUGCAUUGUAACCAGCAGGAAGCGGAGCUGAGGCUUCGAGAGCAGCAAACUAACAGACUGAAGGAGCGACUGUCUCAGCUGACCGACAGACUCAAAGGGAAAGGACCCUCCAUAGAGGUGUUGAACUUUCCACCUGGAAGUCGAGGCAAAAGAGAACAGCCAAUCAGAUCAUUCAGGUCUACAGCAAAAAGAGAGGAGGCAGCAUUGCGUCUGAUGCUGGAGCGUAGAGAAGCAGAGCUCAGGGAGGCGAUGAAGCUCCGCCACAGCCUCACCACUUUACUUCAUGCACUCAGAGUCGACAUGGAGCAUACUUUGUCAGACAUAGUUUAUGUUCAGGACGAGGCCCAGGCCGAGGACAAGAGGCUGGAUCAAGCUGAGAAAGCACUUGGUGAUCAUGUGACGGGAGGUGUGGUUCAGAGUUGGAGGCAGGUGCAGAGGAGACUGGGUGACGUCCCAUCGGAAGGCCACACUGGUGUUGGAACUGACCACGAUAAGCUCCUGGCUCGACUAGAAACUGAACUGAAGGAGAGUCAACAACUCGUCAGAUUACAACAGCAGCUGCUGCAGGACAGUCUUGCUGCACCUGUCCCCUCUGAACUGGCUGAUUCCUACUUUUUGGAAGAGUGGGAACGUCUUCAGGUGCGCUGGGCGGAGCUCGAUCAUCAGAGGCGAACUUUUGAAAAGGAGAGGCAGUCCUUCACCGAUGCUGCGAUCCGGCUAAGCCAUGAGCGCCGUGAUUUUGAGCAACAAAAGGCCUCCCUGCUGAAGCUGCAGUAUCUGUCUGACUCACCUCUGUCUGGUAAAGAAGCACCAAGUAAAAGCAGGACAGAGAGCUGUGUUCUCAAUUUCUCAAGUUUGGCGCCCACAGGCGUUUCUGGCUGUCUUCCCAUCACACCAUACUCCACCAAGUCGGGGACGGCAGCUGUUUCUGGAUCACGUCAGGGAAGAGUUCAGACUCCCAGCACUCCUGAGCUCUACUCUGCCCUCAAUCUGUCAUACAGCUGCAGCUAAUAGUAACCAACAUCCCUCUGCAGAGAAGAAAGAACCAGAGAGCUCCAUCACCAGUCAGAGACAUGGGACAGCCAAGCAGACAGGAUGGUGCACGUGCAACAGGCUCCACACUUAGACUGGUCAUUUUAAUACAUAUUAUACCUUAAUUCCACUUUUAA